UUAUCCAAAUUAUCAGUGUUUUAUAAAUAACUUUUUUGGCAAAAAAAUACUAUCAUUCGAACUUGGCUGUAAAUUAUGAUUUUGUUAUCGUUGUUUUUCAAUGCUUCGGUUAUAUAAUACAUAAAAAUUAACUAGAGAUUGCAGUUGCCAGAGUGGUAACAGCGAGGCCUGUUUGUUUUUAAAGGGUCGAUACAGAUAAGUGGUCUUUAUCAAUGUUGUUUUAGAUUAAAUUUAUGUGUGUUUGUGUAGAAUGUGCGGCAAACAACAGGGCUACUACAUCUUUUGCAGAAAAUUAGUGAAAAAACACAAUUUUUAAACAUGUUUGGUUCGGGGAAUCAAGAACAGGAUGAAGGCGAUGGUAAACAGAAAUUGAAAGAUGUGGAUCCACCUAAGGACUCUGAAGAAAUCAAAGACAUGAUUUAUGAUUUGUUAAGGAAUAUUAAGGACCCAGAAAAGCCCAACACUUUAGAAGAACUUGGCGUUAUAUACGAAGACGGAAUUUUUAUAAAAGCACCGACUGGAGGCGGCGUUAAUGUAAUCCGAGUGGAAUUUAACCCCACAGUACCCCAUUGCUCGCUGGCAACUUUAAUUGGACUGUGCAUAAGGGUGAAGCUGCAAAGAGAUAUGCCUUUUCCUAUAAAACUGAAUAUUUUUAUCAAGGAGGGCGCCCACACAACAGAGCAUGAGAUUAACAAACAGAUUAAUGACAAAGAGCGAAUAGCUGCAGCCAUGGAAAACCCAAACCUAAGAGAAAUCGUUGAAACUUGUAUCAAAGAUGAAGACUGAAAAUGUCUGUCGAAAUUCGUAUUUUAUGAUAAAUUAAAGAUCGGCUAAUUUUUUAAAUGCGCUAACUUACGUCAUAUAUGCGAACUCACAUUGAAAUCUAUGUGAGUUUGGCAAAGAUGAAGGUCGGUACUAUUGGUCACGAUUUAUCGUCUGAAAAAUUGAUUGAAAAUAGAUUAAGUAGACCCAUAAGUUGUAAUACAAUUAUAUUUGCUUUCGUUUUCUAUAUGAGAAAAAUAAAGUUUAAAAUAUUGUUGUAGUAUUUAUUCUGUAACGUUUUAAUAAACCAAUACGUUCUAAAUUGA